AUGCACCCCAAAGCCAACUCCUUGUUGGACGACAAGAUGGCACGCAUCAAGAACCCCUCUCCCUUCAAUGAUGAUCCGGCCAGAGACAUAGCUAUCGACCUAAGUGGAAGCACGCGUGGACUCAUCCCCAGCAUCGAGAGGGACGACGACGAUGGUGACGACGAAGCCCCGCGUCUCCGACCCAAGGCACCGAAAAAGAAGAAGCUGUCCAAAAAAGCACAGGGAAAGCACCCAAUUAGAAAAUUGGAGGAGGAGGAGGAGGAGAAGGACAAGGAAGAGGAGGAGAACGACAAGCUCCGCAAGUACGAAGAACUCUUGACGACCCUAAAAAUCAGCCUUGAAAACACCCAAGGAACGAUGCGCCGCAGCAUCGUCGACAUGUUCCGCGCGCGCAACCACUUGAACGCGAGGGUCAACGACCUCGAGACCUACGUCGGCAGCAUCGACGACGACGGCGACGACGGCGACGAGGAAGACGAAGGGCAGCAGAACCAGCGGAGCCUGGCGCAGCGGCAGGACGGCUACGAGGUGGCGCAGGACAACCUGAGCGAGCAGCAGAUGGUCCUCGCCUCGCAGCAGCAGCGGCUGGACCGACGUCUCGCCGACAUCGAGUACUGCCUCCACCUGAACGCGCCCGAGAGGUCACAGUCGGCUCCCCCGCGGCCCGCGGACCCGGCCGCCGGGCUGUUUCCCCCUUGGAGCGAGGGAUACUGGGGCGGGAGAAGGAGCCCCAGCCGGCUUGUGGGCGUGUGGGGUCCCAGGAGCACUCGCAGCAGCCGUAGAGAAGGGGGAUUGCCCGGUACCGGGAGCGGUAGCGGCGCGGCGGGCAUUAACAACAUGGGCGGGAAUGGAGGCAUACGCUCCCUUGGGCCUCCCGUGUCCGGCCCAACGUCGACUAUCCCCGCGAAGAGGAAGUCCGGAGAGCUUGAAGCCGACGACGACGACGACGACGAGAACGACGAGAAUGACAGACAAAAGAAGAGCGGGAAGGGAGGGAAGAAGCAGAAGAAUAACAGUGGCAACAAAGUCGAAGGGGAGGACCAGGAAUCUGGGCCGAAGCCGAAGGCAACGAACGCGAAGAAGUCAAAGGGGAAGGACAAGGCAAAGACCACUGGUACCGCAAAGCCUGCGCCCAAGAUCCUGCUCAAGGUCAGCGAAUACCAGAGAGCCAAAGACCAGGAACGCGGGGAGGGCGAGAAGGAGGAUCAUCGAACAGGAAAAGCGAGACCUGAGGUUGUUUUGCCCAAGAACGAGAAGCGAAAGGCGGAGGACGAUGGAGACGAGGAGGAGAAGGCGCCCCGACGGAACAGGGCAAAUACGAGGUCACAGACUGGCACCAAGAACGACAAGGGCGCCACCACGGCCGCCGCUCCCCAGGCUACAUCAGAGUCGACGUCGUCAAAGACGACUUCCGAGGCGCCGCCCAACACCGAUUCCAAGACCGCUCCCAAGACCGCUCCCAAGAUCAUCCUCAAGAGGCGGAGAGGAGACGACACAGACCCCGACGACAACGACGACGACGAGGACGACCAGGAGCCGGAGAAGAAGAAAGCAAAGGUCGCACCCAAGAAGACCAAGGCGGCGGCGGUGCCCAAGAAGACGACCAAGAAAAAGGCCGCCUCCAAGUCGAAGACUCGGCCGAGCAGCCAGGGGGCGCCUCCGGCCCCUGCAGGUCUUGCUCCUGUCGCGCCCCUGGCCCAGCCUACGGACAGGCUUCCCCCGCCCGACGAGGACGAGUUCGACUACUGA